AUGGCAAUGGUGACCUCUGUUUCAGGCCAAGUUCCUGUGAAAGUUUUACACUGGGAUGACUCAAUCAGAAACUCCCUUAACCACAAAAAAGAAAUAAUCCGCUCUGACCAGAGUAUCUAUUCAUCAGAUUCAUUUUUACGUCAUAAUCAACCUGAGUGGACAUUGGAUGUUGCAGAGGGUACUCUUGAUGAGGUUAUACAACAGUUGAGUAAGGAGGGCUGGCAGGUUGGUAAUGGAAAUCAUGUUCUUGAGCAUACAUAUCAGACCUUUGGCAGAGUCAACGGUCUCAGCUUGUUUCUUGAAAACAAUGUAUCUGAAUACUUCGCCUUUAUGAUCCCUUACUUCAAGUGCCUCUGCAAGGUUCUGUUUGGGUCCACAUUGCUCCUCUCAAAGAGCUUUGUAGAGGCAGGUCCGCCGUCAUUCUUUGUACUGUUGCAUGCCUUCCAUGACAAUGUUCUCAAUAUCCUCGGGGAAGCUCUAGAGGAAAUUCAACGCAAUGAAAGGUGGAAGGAUCUGAGGAGGCCUUUUAGCACGCCGUCAGGGCGCAAAGGGGACCAGUGGAAGUAUGGCAAGUACCCGUGCCCCAAUACGCACAUUGGCUCUGCAAGAAGCUGUGCUUGGUACUGCAAGGGCAAAUCAAGAGAGAUCCUAACCCAGCAGGAUGGCAACUUGGCGAGGCAAGGAUUGCUGGUGGAAGAGAAUUUAGAUAACCACUAUGGCCCUCCACAUCCAUUCCAGAAGGAAUACAAUGGAGAUGCUGUGGAAGAUAUUGAAGAAGGUCUAUUUGCAUUCAUCCCACUCAGGCAACCUGAACAGGAGGAUCUGGAGCCAGGGGAGGCAGUGGGUCCUUCUAAUUAUCCAAAUGCCAUUUCCCUGAAUGAUAAUGAUGAUGAGCGUGUAAAAAUUCUCCACCCUACAGCACGACAGAUAAUAUGUAUGGACCAUACCUUGCAUGAGAGAUGGAGAAAAGAGUUUGAAGGGGAAAAAGGGGCUGUAGACAGCUAUAGGGAUGUGGAUAUGGAUAAUAAUUUCCCAGUUGCCUCUGGACCACAGGAUACUAGGUCAAAGAGAGACUGGGAUUGUCCUAUCACAACAUCAGAGGGCCACACAAUAGAGGUGGUAGGAGGAGAUGGAGCAGUGAGAAGAGUAUACCCUAUGCUAGCCUGCUAUGUGGCCGAUUAUCCAGAGCAGUGUCUGGUGACGUGCUCAAAAUAUGGUAUCUGCCCCAAAUGCAAACGACCUCCAGAAGAGCUUUCAGCCUCUACUGCAGGAAAGCCACGUACUGAUCAAUGGACAGAGUCAUUAUACCAGGGUGUUUACAAGCACAUGGUGCAUUGGUUCCAGCAACUACUAGAUCCUAAGAAACUUGAUGCACGCAUCAGAGCACUUCCUCCCUGCUUUGGUGUUUGUUAUUUCAAGAAUGGCUUUUCUGCUCUUGGUCAAAUAGGGGGGAAGGAACGGAAAGAUAUGGCAAAGAUGCUAUUGGGAUGCCUUAUUGGCAAACUUCCAUGUCAUGCUACCAUCACCUAUUGA